AGUUUAUAAAAGUCACUUGUUAGUUUGGACCUGCGGAACAAUGCUCUGAAAGAGCUGUCUAAUGGGACGUUAAAAGAGUUCAACCAGAUACCUGGACUUCGGCUGUAUCUGCUGGGAAACCAGUGGGUUUGUGAUUGCAACAUUGAGGACAUGGUGAUGUGGUUACAGAGCACAGAUAUUGUCGUGGACAAGCAGAACAUGACCUGCGCUCAUCCUGACCAGUUGAGAACCAAUCAGCUUUUGCAGUUGAAGCAGUCUGAGCUGCAGUGCACCUACUCUGGAAACAUGGAGGUUGCCUUGGAGACCUCGUAUGUGUUUCUGGGUAUGGUGUUGGCCCUCAUUGGGGUCAUAUUCCUGCUAGUCCUUUACCUGAACAGAAAAGGCAUCAAGAGAUGGAUGUAUAAUAUCCGUGAUGCAUGCAGGGACCACAUGGAGGGCUACCAUUACAGGUAUGAGAUCAACUCGGAUCCACGCCUGGCCAACCUCAGUCUUAACUCCGAUGUGUAAGGAGGUGUAAGGUGUGGUGCUUGGCCGGAGAUGGGGGGAAAACUGUUUCCCACAAUUACGCACAGUGACUCAGCUCUAUUUGAAUAACUAUUUGCGUAGUUUUCACAAGCUUAUACCGUAAUAUGCAGUUUGCCAUGCCGGAUAGAUUAAUUGGCAUCUGCUGCGGUACAUGCCGCAUGCUAUGUUAUUGCUGUGUCUUGUUUAGAUGUUGUUCAAUGCUUGCAUGAAUCAAGAACUCAUAAAGGUUCAUAAGUGCUUCUUUCUUGUAAAAGAA